AUGUUAUACCGCCAAGAAAAAAAAGGACGUAUUGUUGAUCAACGUGAUCAGACACAAGCUUCACAGACAAACCCUUUGAAAACCCUUGAUCGAAAGAACCCUACAUUUGAAAACGACGAUGGCGCCUUGGAGGAUACGUGCUACAUGGACGAGAUUGACGUUGCUCGUAGAUAUGUCGGACAUCCGACGAUAUUCUCUGUCCGAUUACACCAUGGUGGACAGUUUACAAAGUUCCCUGGAAGAAAGUACAUCAAAGGCAAGCAAAAUUAUGUUGAUUUACUAGACAUUGACACCUUUUCCAUUCACGACAUUGACGAGAUGAUGGAGGAACUUGGGCAUAUUGAUUCAGACAAAACACUACUCUAUUAUCAUUUCCUGAGACCAUUUGGCGAUUUGGAUUUUGGGUUAUUUGCUUUGGGUUCAGAUCAGGAUGUUCAUCAUCUGGAGCCACCAGCUUGCUCCAAACAGUUGUUAUUGGAGUGGAAUGGCUCUCCAAUUGAGCAUGAGAGUGUUCCAGACCUAACAGAAGUUGAGAAUGAUAGUCAUUUGGACAAAGAACCAUCUUUGGUCGACCAUAUUGAAUUUGAAAUGAAUGUAGAGAAUGAGGAUGAUUAUGAUGGUAGUGGACACAAUAAUGGCAGUGGAAAUGAUGAGUUUGAUGAAGAUAGUGAGAGUGAAGAUAGUGAUUUUUUUAUUGAUGAGGACAAUCUCAUACACGAUGUUGAUGUGGAUAUGAAAAAUUUCCAUAUGAACAUUGACAAGGAUGUAAUGGGUUGGGGUUCUUCUGAAAGUAAUGUACCUGAAGAUACACAACAAGGUGACUUAGAAGUGAUCAACACAGAGGUUUUUGUUGUCUGGGUCUUCAUCAGAUGA